AAUUUCCAAUAAUAUUUAAUAUUUUCUACGUUGUCGCGUCUAUGAACUAAUAUUUUGUUCCUCAAUAAUUGAGUUUAUUAAAUUAUUUCUUCAUUUUAAUACGUUGUUUUAGAUAAUGAUGUGCUUAAAUUAUACAAUCACACACAUUUAUGUUAUUUAGUCACAUUUAGUAUUACUUUUUAUAAAUCAUUGUACAAAUCAGUAUGGACGAAGACUGUUUAGUGCUUCAAGAAGAGGAAAGAGAAGCUUUGCUUUCUAUUUAUGACGGCGAUGAAGCUUUUAAGCAAGUUUCUCCUACUGUUUAUCAAUACAAGUAUGGAGAAGAUAGCGACAAUAAAUCCUUUCUAUUGGAGGUUGAAUGGCAUAACAAUUAUCCAAAUGAAGCACCUAAAAUAAAUUUAGAUAUGUUCUACAAUAAACACAUAGUAAGUUCAGUUAAAGAAAUUAUUAAAGAUAAAAUUUCAAAAGAGGCUGAUCAUUAUUUGGGAGAAUCUAUGACAUUCACUCUUUUUGAAUUUCUUAAAGAUUUUGCUGAGGAACUCGUAGCUAAUCAACCAGAUAAAGAAGUUACUGAAAGUAUAACUAAACUUUCGAUAGAUGAUGACGAAUCUACAAAAAAGACAACAAAGAAAGAAAUUAUGAGCAAAGCUCAAAAGAGAAAACAAUGGGAUCGUUUAGAUUCCAAAGGAGAAAAACCACGAGGAUAUGAUUGGAUAGAUGUUGUUAAACAUUUAUCACAAACGGGAUCAUCCAAGGUAGAAAUAUCUACGUAAUUAAGUUUAAUAACACUGUGAUAUGAAUUUGAAUUUUUUGUUUUUGUGAAAAAUAUAUUUUCAUUUACAAUAUUAACA